UUUAAAAUUUGAAUAGGAAAUUCAAGAAAAAUAUAAAAAAUGUAUUGUUUAAUGAGUUUUAUAUUGUUAGUAAUACGUUUUACAGUGAAAAUCCUCGCUAAAGCGUUACAUAACAACCCGUUCUCCAAACGGAACCUUUGUCGUUACUAAGUUUAUUGGGGAGCGUUAUUGUGUAGCCACGGAGGAGAACGUAAGGAGCGUGGAAGGACAUUGCAAGAAACAAACAUGCACAGACUCUUAUCCCGGACUGUCGUUGGGGUACGAAACCGCUCGCUCUGUGUCUACGAGUGCUGUGUGCUUCCAGCUAAAAUCGACAACGUGUCUAGGCCAUUCACUGGAGUUGGAGCAAACACUAUUAGCACAUGUACAGUCAGACGCUGUGAAAAGAAAGACGAUGCAAUCCCCUCCAAUCAAGGUGAGGCAACAAAUGUAGAUACUGAAACAAAGACUACCCAACUACAGGAGGAGUUGCUGGAGGCAAAUGAUGGUGGUAGCACACAACAGCAGAGAAAUGUUAAAGCUGAACAGGUUUUGUCAAAGCCAUCUCAAGUCAAGACUGAUGGAGCUAAAAGUGGGAAGAAGAGUCUUUUGGACCUCCUUGGAGCCAUGAAGGUUGAAGUUACCAGCAAAAGAAAGCUCAAAAACCUGAACACGAAGCAAAGUUUUGAAUCGGCUGUACAAUAUAAAUCCAAGUCAGGAGAUAUGGAGAGCACAAUCAGUAUGUUUCAAAAGGCAAACGUACAGGCUUCAGCACAAAGUGAAGUAUUGGAUCCUGAUCUGGUUGCAGCAGCAUCUGCUGCUGCCUCCACCCUUCCUAAUCGCAGCCGGGCAGAAUCGGAGCUGCUAAAGCAGCUGAGGCAACGCAAAACUCUCACUGAAGCUCAGAAAAAAGGCGACAUGAACAAUCUUGGAGUUCUUAUAGCUGACAUGAAAGUAGGAAAAACUCCUGGUCGCCAGAAUGCUUGGCCCGCUGAUCAGAUCCGGUUUGACGAUGACGGACAAGGAUACACACGUGAUAGAGGAAUUACCAGUGAGCUGGCCAAUGUCCGGAAAAGGAGGAAUAUUUUCCCUACAAAAAGACUUAACAUCUUUUCCCCUACUACUGAUGAACAGAGAGGUGACUCAGCACUUGCUAAGCCAACCCUGUGGGACAUGGAUUUUGCCUAUGAGUUAUCACUGACAACCAACCAGAUGCCCCGCAACGGGUUUGAAGAAAUGAUCCAGUGGACCAAAGAGGGGAAACUGUGGCAGUAUCCGAUCAACAAUGAAGCUGGCCUUGAAAAUGAAGCCAGUGUCCCAUUCAAUGAGCACGUCUUCUUAGAGAAACACUUAGAGGAGGGCUUCCCCCGUCAGGGACCAGUGCGUCACUUCAUGGAGCUGGUGGUGGCUGGUCUGUCCAGAAACCCCUACUUGACUGUUCAGCAGAAGAAGGAGCACAUUUCCUGGUUUAGGGACUACUUUCAUCAAAAGGAAGAAGUUCUUAACGAAGCUGAUGUGUACCUAAACUAAACCUAAUAGGGUUAAAAGUGUUUCUUAUAUUUUCUGGAUGUAAACAAACAGAAACGGGACAUAUUUUGCUCAGCAGGGCUUUACUGUCCUGUUCACCCUUGCACAUGUAUACAUUCACAGGUUCUUAACAAAAACUGUUUUAGCUGUUCCUCUGGAGCGUAGUUAGAAGGGACUGGUACAACUUCUUUUGAAAUAUAUUUGUACACCUCUUUCUCUGAUUUUUUAUUUGUCAUUUCAUAUGUAUUAAAAUAUAUAAUGAAACCAC